AAUAAUUAAAAUAAGACGCCAACCUUUCUCAAUGAAAUCCCACCAAAAACCCAAACAUGAAUGACUUGUUAUUUUCUUUUUUAUUCUUGCUUUUCAGGGAAGGCAAAGAAAGCAAUGCCCAUACAGCCUGGACUUCAGUUUAUUUAUUUUCUUUUUUUUACAUUAAAAUGUCGGUAUGACGCAUUCUAUUGUUUAUUGGAAUGUUUGGCACGAAAUGCAUCGAGUUGGCUUUUCUAAAAACUUCUGUGAGGUAGCCAACACUACAAUAAAAUUCUCACGUCCACUUGACCAGAACAGCGUUCAAUUUAAUAAAAAGGAGUGCUAAGAUUGUUUAGCAAAUAGGACAAGUUAGGAUACACGUCAAUGCAGUGUUUUAUUAUUUUACUCGACUUUUAUUUGUAUCAAUUACAACUUGUAAAAACUGUUUUUAUUUCAUUAAUAAUAUUAGUAAAAAUGUCUAUUCUAGACGUUAAGCUUUGAUCCAAAUAUGAUUAGGCCGAUGCCGAUGUACUUUAAGUUUAGAGAAUCAUGCCAGAAUCAACACCACUAUUUCUUAAGUAUCGAUCUUCAAUUCGAUUUUAGAAUGGGGUUCACAGAGUACAGAUAAUAUAAAUACUACUCUUUGGAGUACAGUGGUACAGAUAAUCAACAACAACAAUUCAUCAUCUCAAUCAAUCACGCAGUCAGCUGAUUUACUAGAAAAGUUUUUUUUUCUGAACAUUAUGUAGUAAAAUAAAUAAAAUAUUAUGCGAGAAUUUGGUAGGUUCGGCCCCCUUAUUGGAGCAAUUGACGAGGGAACUUCUAAUGUUAAAUUUCUGGUAUUUGCUGCAAACACAUCAGAGGUACUGACUUACCAUCAAUUACCUUUAAGGAGAUUUAGUCCACAAGAAGGAUGGGUUGAACAAGAUGCCUUAGAAAUUCUAGCUGCUGUCAUUGAAUGUAUUGAGGUAACAGUAGACAAUUUGAAAAAAUUGGAUAUAAAUCCAGAAGAUGUAGUUGGCAUUGGCAUCACAAACCAAAGAGAAACUUGCAUAGUGUGGAACUCAGUCACGGGGCAACCUCUAUAUAGUGCCAUAGUUUGGUUAGAUGUAAGGACUUCAAAAAUAGUAGAUGACUUAACUAAAAGAAAAGGAGUACAAUGUUUAAAUGCUGUUGUUCAGACAAGCGGGCUUCCUUUAUCUACCUACUUUACAUCAGUGAAACUUAAAUGGCUGCUAGAAAAUGUGAUAGCUGUUAGGGAAGCAGUGAGAGCAGGAGAAUGUAUGGCUGGCACAGUUGAUUCAUGGUUGAUAUGGAAUCUUACUGGUGGUUGUCAUGGAGGCAUCCAUGCUACUGAUGUGACUAACGCAUCAAGGACUCAACUAAUGUCACUAAAAAGUCUUCAAUGGGAUGAAGGCUUAUUGAGAUUUUUUGAUAUACCUGUAGAAAUUCUACCAAAGAUAAGAAGUUCAGCUGAAAUUUAUGGAUAUAUUGCUAAAGGGUCUCUUCUAGGUGUGCCUAUUUGUGGGUGUUUGGGAGACCAACAAGCAGCACUUGUGGGGCAAGGCUGCAUGAACUUUGGACAAGUAAAAUGUACUUUUGGUACCGGAUGCUUCCUACUGUACAAUACAGGUGAUUCAAUUGUACAUUCCGACAGUGGUUUGUUAACAACGGUAGCAUAUAAACUUGGUCCCAACUCUCCUCCAGUGUAUGCUCUAGAAGGAUCUGUGGCAAUUGCAGGAGAUACGUUGCGAUGGCUCCAAGAGGACUUAGGAAUAUUAAAUGAUGUUGGUGAUAGCGAAAAUCAAGCAGCUGAAGUGACGGAUGACGAAGAAGGCAGUAUUUGUUUUGUACCUGCAUUUAACGGUCUAUACUCACCUUACUGGAGAAAAGAUGCCAGAGGAGUGAUGUGCGGUAUAAGCAGCGGAACGCGGCGCGAGCAUAUAGUGCGCGCGGCGCUGGAAGCGGCGUGCCAGCAGACCUGCGCAGUGGCGGACGCCAUGCAGGCGAGCUGCGCGCCGCUGCGCCGCCUGCUUGCCGAUGGUGGCAUGGCGCAGAACUCGCUGCUCAUGCAAAUGCAGGCCGACCUGCUCGGGAUACCCGUCAUUCGUCCCCUAAUGAUGGAAAGCACUGCUCUGGGUGCAGCCAUAGUGGCAGGGCGAGCCAUGCGCGUGUGGCCGGCUUCCACUCCAACUCCCCCCGCCGACACAUUCUUACCCUCGAUAUCUGCCGAAGAACGCGAUAUUCGUCGCGUAAGAUGGGAAGAAGCCCUUAGCCGAAGUUUGGGUUGGGCCAAAGAUAGUAAAGACGUCGAACAUGGAAUAAAAACAGAAGAAAUUGAUCGAACAACAACAGUUUUACCAUCUGGUCUGUUUUUCCUUGGCACUGCGCUUUUAGUUGUGAUAGCUGAUAAAUUCAAAUCCAUUUAGUCAAAUUAGUAGUCUGUUCGCCUUGUUCAAACAUAGUCAUAGUCAUACCUCUACAAACUUAUGAGAAGAGUAUUAAUUUAUUGUCAUAUUUUUUAGUAAUAAAGUUGUCU